GUGUGCAUUUAUCAGAUACGUAUCUUAGCAGUGUUUUUAAAUGAAAGACAUCAUUUUCAUUAGUGUCCAUGCAUUAUUUUGUGAAGUAAUUUUUGAAGGAAAAUACUAGAGUUGACAUGAGAAAUCCCCACUUUUGAUGCCCCUGAUCUUUCCUCUCUCAAGGAUCAUACAUAUUCAAUAUGGGGCUCAAUCUACAUCUAUAAUGAAGCUACAUGCUGUACUCCUUAAGUUGGACAUUCUCUUUUCCUUACUGUGGUUGUAUGGCAACACUUGGCUGAUAUUCCCAGAUGUUUGUUCCAACUGGAGGAGCUAUGAUAUUAUUGCAGAGACCUGUGGCGCCUAUAAAAUCUGACCCAGAAAGCUCUGAGAGUCAAGAUGGCGGGAAGGUCAAAGAAGUAGGAAUGAAUGGAGACAUGGGACACAGUGACUUACAGUCAAGAUCUAAUACAGGCAAUGCUGUUUCAGAUAUACAGAACAAAGCCCUGAAUCUGACCACACUUGUGAACCCUUCCCAGACUCAAACAAGCAUGGCUCAGACACAGGCACUGUUUGUCCAGAACUUACAGCCACAGUUUGCUAUAGCACAGCCUGGGUUCAUCAUCAGCAACCAGUUUGGUCAACAGCUCUCCAUGGGUGCUGCAGGAGCCUUUGCAGGUAUCCAGAUUACUCCUCAACAACUACAACAACUGCAAGAAUUACAACAACAGCAGCAGCAACUUUUACAACAACAGCAGCAAGGACAACAACAAGGACAACAACAGAUAGUGCAACAACAACCUCACCAAAACCAGCCACAGGGUCAGCAACAGCAACAACAGCAGUCCCAGCAGCAACCAGCUGUAUUAUCCACAAGUCAACCUAAUAUACAGGUAAUAGAUCAGCAACCAGCUGUAUUAUCCACAAGUCAACCUAAUAUACAGGUAAUAGAUCAGCAACCGGCUGUGUGGCGGCACAAAUUGUCGCUGGCACAAAUUGUCGUCCUUAGAAUUGUUUUUAGGAAAAGAAAAACAAGCUGGAAGAACUUUGGCUUAGUUUCUUCUAGCAUGUUGUAUGGUGUCACAACCAGCACAACAGUGACAAAAGUAGGAAUGAAUGGAGACAUGGGACACAGUGACUUACAGUCAAGAUCUAAUACAGGCAAUGCCGUUUCAGAUAUACAGAACAAAGCCCUGAAUCUGACCACACUUGUGAACCCUUCCCAGACUCAAACAAGCAUGGCUCAGACACAGGCACUGUUUGUCCAGAACUUACAGCCACAGUUUGCUAUAGCACAGCCUGGGUUCAUCAUCAGCAACCAGUUUGGUCAACAGCUCUCCAUGGGUGCUGCAGGAGCCUUUGCAGGUAUCCAGAUCACUCCUCAACAACUACAACAACUGCAAGAAUUACAACAACAGCAGCAGCAACUUUUACAACAACAGCAGCAAGGACAACAACAAGGACAACAACAGAUAGUGCAACAACAACCUCACCAAAACCAGCCACAGGGUCAGCAACAGCAACAACAGCAGUCCCAGCAGCAACCAGCUGUAUUAUCCACAAGUCAACCUAAUAUACAGGGUGCUCUUCCUACUGUGUCUGUCCAGCAGCCCUUACAGACACAGCCACAGGUGAUGGCCGUGGCCCAGCCUGGACAAGGGGGCCAGCAGUUACAGCAGUUUGUUCUCCUCAACCCAGCCCAGCUACCUCCAUCAGUCCAGCCACAGUUCCUGGUCCCUAACCAACAGGGACUGUUACAAGGUGUUACCAUGGCGACCAGUGUCCCCUCUGUGAUGGUUCCCAGCAGCAGUCAGUCCGCAGUGAGGACCCAGUCUCCAGCCACCACCAGUACCGUGGCUAAUACUCAGGCUGGCCUCACAUCACCAUUAGCUCUUAACCAGCAACAAGAUGAAAAUAUUGACCUAGAAGAACUAGAACAAUUUGCAAAGACAUUCAAACGGCGGAGAAUAGAAUUGGGGUUUACUCAGGGAGAUGUGGGCCUGGCCAUGGGAAAAUUAUAUGGCAACGAUUUCAGCCAGACAACAAUAUCCAGGUUUGAGGCCCUAAACCUCAGUUUUAAAAACAUGUGUAAGUUAAAACCUCUCCUACAAAAAUGGCUUGAGGAUGCUGACCAGCUGACCAAUAAUCCAUCUGCACUGACUGCCGGGUCGUCACCAGUUACACCAGAGUCCAUUGGGCGACGGCGGAAGAAGCGCACAAGUAUUGAGACCACUAUUCGUGUCUCCCUUGAAAAGAGCUUCCUACAGAACCCAAAACCCACCUCAGAGGAGAUCUCUAUUCUGGCAGACUCAAUGAACAUGGAGAAAGAGGUGGUCAGGGUAUGGUUUUGCAACAGGAGACAGAAAGAGAAAAGGAUCAAUCCACCAUCCAACACCUUGAUGAACCACACAUCACUGAGCAUGCCCAGUCCACUUCCUCCCAUCAGCCCCACAUCCAUCAUGGCGCACACGUGUCUACCUACAAGCAUUGCUACGCCUUCAUCACUGGGCCUCACAAAUCAUGGGUCCCAUCCUGUCAACCUGAUUAAUACCUCCCAAGUGUCUAAUAAUAAUAAUAAUAUUAACUCACAAGUGACCAGUGCUUCCCCAAUUAUCACUACUGAACUAAACACUGCUGGCCUGAACACCACUGACUUGACCACAGCUGGUAUGACCACAAUGGCCAAUGUUGGCCUGUCUGCUGGCAAUCAGCAUAUUAACUCUGUAGCUGAGGAGAGAGCGGAACCAACUUGACUUGCACUUUAAAAGUCAUUACUGUAAAAUAUAUCUGUGUUGUCAAUAAAGCAGGCUGUGCUUUGCAAGGUAAUCCUAGCUGAUUAGUUUUGAAAGUUCCAAUGCGGUCAGAUAAUAUAUUUGGCCAGCAGUAGCAACACUGCUAGAGAGUUCACAAGUUACAAGACAAUCUAGUGGGAUUUCUUAAUUUCUCAUUGUAAGAUUUCACAACUGCUUUCACUGAAUGAUUCUGGAGGCUUUGUGUAUUCCUGUGGAAAAAUUACCAAAUAUCAAAGACUGCACAGUGGCAGAAUUUAGAAACUGUGACUCCAUAUGGUCACUUCACAGCCUGAUUAGACCUACUAGAGAUCACCAAACAAAAGAGCACCUGGAUGUCAUGAAUCACCUGUAAACUAGCUGUUACUGGACUGUUCCCAUGUUGACCAUGGACAGAGUGUGGCUAGUUGUGUAUCACUGGUACACGUAGAACAGUGGAGUGUGAUUUGUGAUCAGUUUGUCCUAUGAUGGCAGGGGACUAAGGACAAACACUUGGACACUGUGUGCUGGAAGUAUUGACAGCAAGGAAUGACACCAGUCAAAGCAGUUGACAUCAAUCAGGUUCAAGGUGCUGGUGGUCUUGUUAUUACUGGGAUAUGUGGCCCCAAGGGAUUUUUGUAUUAACUUUGAUUUCUUCAAAUGCUUUAAAGUAUUUGAUUUGAUAUUGCUUUAAUUUAAAAUAAUUGCUCUGGAUUUUUUUCCAAUUGGGAAACACAGCCUAGAGAAUGAACUUUGGAAAAAUAAUUCUGCAGAUACUAUAGUCUAGAAAAACAUCUCCCACACAAAUAGGUAAAGUUUUUGAGAUGAUAAUCUGCAGAACAGUGAUGUCAUUGUCUAAAACUCAUGAUGCAUGUACCUUGUUAUAUGGCCUGUUAAUAGCAUAGGAAAGCCAGAUAUUGUGUGAUGGAAGGUAUGGACUACGUAGGAGGCAAUUGGACUAUAUAAACAGGUGCCCUGUGACCUAGUCCCCUGACUGAAUGAUAUUACCUGAUAUGAUUAUACAUAGUGUAAAGCAAGUUUUCAUAUGGCUGAAUUUUUCAUAUAUCUCAUUUUUUUCUCAGUAUCACUUUUUGUUAGUUAUUUAUUUUUUUCAUGUAAAGUUUUUUUAAUUAACAUUUUUGCAUUUGUUAAAUCUUUUUCACUAAUGAUGGAAAGUAUUAAAGUUAACUCUUAAAUAUGGUUCAGUAUAUAUUGCAAAAUUAACCUUAUGCUGUGAAUUGAACACAUGCAUAUAUGUAAAAUGGAUAUUUUUAGUUGGAGAAAUAGCAACAUUUCUCAUAACCACAUCUAAAAUUAAGCAUUUCAGCAUUGAAUUACAUCUAUAAGGAUAUCAGCAAACUAAAUGUACAGUCAUAAGAAACUAUAAAAAAAGACUAAAAAAAAAGUACAAAUCAUAUUUUGAAUAAAAUAGUACUAGCAGGCUCUAGGACAUAUUUCUAUAUUACAAUCAUUUAUUUUAAAGGCACUUAAUAUGAUAUCAAGAAAGAUGCAUGUAGUAUAGAGCUUUUUAUGUGUACAUGGGGAUUUUGUAAAUAGGUAUGUUGGCUUCAGUGAGAAGCAAAUUGUGCAAAAUGUUUAGUAUCAUCCUUGUUAUGUGCUUCGUGUAAUCCAAACUUUAGUUCUUAAUCAGGUGUCAUGCCUUGUUGAUUUGUGUGUUGUCCUAUAGUGGACUAGCAUACAAAGCAUAAUAAUAUAAAUAUAUUAUGUUCCAUUCCUUGGUUUAUGAUUGCUCAUUACAACAACAGAAGUGACUUAUCAGAACCCUAAAAGCUGUUGGUUACCCAUAAAACCUAAAUAGUUAUAUACCCGAAGAAAGUUUCAAUUUCUAUGGAGAAUGGAAGUUGAGAUCUCACGUUUGAUAAAAGUCUACUUGCAAUCUGUAUCAUUCAAAACAUUUGCUUUGACAGAAUCCUUUUAUUUCAUCAGUUUGGUGAUGUAUUACAGUGCAAUUUGUACACACAAAGCAAACUUAGAGGAAGUCUUACUUGUAUAAUGAAAAUAGAAGUGCCUCUUCAUUUUUUUUGGACAAAUUUAUCUGUAAAAAAAAAA